AGUGCUAAAUUGUCAAAAUAAUAUUUUGACGUUUAAGAAAUUAAACUAUUCAUUUGACAUCUGGCGAAUCGAUUGGCAUGCAAAUGGUAUCUAAAUUAUUUGUUUAUCGCAAUACGAACAGCGUCACACAUUGUGCCUUCACUACAAUAAUUUUUUUUCUGACCCUAUUAUUGAAGGUAUGAAGUUUGAUAUCAUCACAGCUGUUGGUGUGCUGUAACCCAGUUCCAAGAAAAUAACACACAAAUAUGAAAAACUCAUGACACAAGAUUGUACAUGCAAUUGGCGCCUGAUUUUCGCGAGUCAGGUCAGGUAAUACACCCAAAAUGAGUGAAAGUGAAGCUAAAUGGUCCUGUGAGUACUGUACAUAUGAAAACUAUCCAUCAUCCCUUAAAUGCACCAUGUGUAGAGGUGCAAAGCCUUUUGUUAGUGAGGAUAUAUAUCGAAUACAUGAUGACAAGCUGAGCUCCAAUGAAAAAUUCUCUUCCAAUAUUGCAGCUGGGCCUAUAACCGCAAACGAUUUACACGAACAUCUACAGCCCUUACGAAUAUCGCAGCACUCUGAUCUAGCCCAGAGCCUGAUACGAAACAAUUCGCCCCCCUCCAGUCUGACAAAUGUUGAGAACACUCGAAGGACGUCGCAAGGAAAAUGGAUAUGCACGCUGUGUACGUACGAAAACUGGCCAAAAACCACGAAAUGCGCAAUGUGUGGCAACGUAGUAAAUAAUAAUCAACGAUCGCAAGCCUCCAACGUCACCUCUUCGCCGGACCGAAAUACAGAAACCGAAUCCAGCCAUGACGACAGAUUAAAAGACCUUAUCUUAGAUUCAUCUCAAAGCCCUAAUAACAUGGAGACGGAGAGAAAGCUGCGGCACCUGAAGCGCACCGCCGAUUGGAAUUGGCUGAACGCCUGCACCGGCGUGAUCGAUGGCGAUCCGCGACCGGUAGAGGCUUACCUGUCAUCCGGAGGCGACCCAGCUCGUACCCUGACCGCUUCCGAAGUCGCAAUACUCAAUCGAAGUUCUGCCUUUGAUGUUGGACAUACCCUCGUUCAUCUAGCCAUAAGAUUUCAAAGAGAAGAUUUGUUAGCGUUGUUGCUUACUCAGAUAGAAGGAUCGGGUUCGGGUAUAAAGCGUGUGCCCAGUUACGUUGCUCCCGAACUUGCCAGAGACAUUCGAAGGUACUUCGCCUCGACAAUUCGACAAAGGAAAGGCAACUUUCCUUGCAACUACGUCACCGACUUCCCCACGUUUGCCCUUCCUGCCGAAUGUGACGAAUUACCGGGUUCAGUUCAGGAACAACUGUUUGCUGAGUUACUAGACAAGGACGCCCAGGAGCAGUUGGAAUCCGAUCCUGCAGUAAUAAAUUGGUCGCUAGAAUUGACGGUGAGACUGGGCUCGCGACUCUACGCUCUCUGGAAUCGUUCGUCCGGCGACUGUCUGCUUGACUCUGUCAUGCAGGCAACCUGGGGCGUUUUUGACAGAGACAACACAUUGCGAAGAGCGCUGGCCGAAAGUCUCGGUCAAGGUGGCCACAUAUUUUAUCCACGGUGGAAGGAGUACGAAGCAAGCCAGGCGUCAUUUUUACAAUAUUCUCUCGAUGAGGGCCAAUGGGAGGAGGACUGGAGCAGUCUGGUGUCUUUAGCAGGUCAACCCGGCACAAGUCUCGAACAAUUACAUGUGUUCGCCCUCGCACACAUUUUACGCCGUCCAAUCGUCGUCUACGGAGUGAAGUACGUGAAGAGUUUCAGGGGUGAGGCCCUGGGAUACGCGCGCUUCGAAGGCGUCUACUUACCACUUCUGUGGGAGCACUCGUUUUGCGUAAGGACACCAAUAGCUUUAGGGUAUACUAGAGGACAUUUUUCUGCCUUGGUUCCUCUGGAGCCAUACAGCAGACUGGACACCAGGUCGCCUCCCCAACAUGGGAACAUUGCCCAUGAUCAGCUGCAAAGCACUUUCUUGCCUCUAAUGGAUCGUGACAGGAAACUGUUGCCUAUUCAUUUCCUUACCGAAUCCGAGUUGGGUCGGGAGGAGACGAUUCUUAGACAAUGGCUGGAUGUUUGCGAAACUGAAGGCGGGAUAUUAGUUGCUCAACAGUUGCUGAACAAAAGGCCGCUAUUGGUUGCUCAAAUGGUCGAGGAAUGGCUGAACCAUUACAGAAGAUUGUCUCAGAUGACGUCAGCUCCUUUUGCUAGACCGAUCCCAAUCCAAGACUAUUCGAGUGAGGGCGAUACUGACGAUGAAUAACACAGGCCCACAAAGGAGAAGCACGUGACUCCGUGACGCAACGCCUUAUAGGGGCGCCUUGUCAAUGCUUCUGUACAUUAAAAUGCUGUUUUCCUUAGAAUUAUAAAGAAAAUCUAACACAACAUUGACAACAAUACGUACAUAGUUUAGAUAUAGCAACGCGGAAUUCAAUGAUUGGCAGCAGUAAUAAUUAUGAAAUAGACAGACGGAGUGCUUGUCGGUAUUCCAGUAAUUAGUUACCUCUAAUCCUUGAAUCGAUAAUAUAAUUGUAAUUUUGCAAAGGCAAAGCAUUGUAAAUAUGAUUCUUAUGCCUAGUUGAGUGCUUCAAUUUGUUCCUUUCUCCCAUUGAGUUAGUAGUAAAAUCGCAAAAUUAAGUCAUAUUCCACCAAUUUUGAUAUUAGCGGAAAUCAUAGAAGUCUUACUGCCACAAUUUUGAUAUGUAAUCACUGUUUGAUUUAAUGCAAGGCUCGUAAUCAAGGACGUACUUAAAUCGAGUUUACUUCAUUAGAAAUCAGUAUUUUGAAACUGUAAAUGGCUCCAAAGAUUUUCUAAAUUUUUAUAAAUACUGGUACAUUGUAUUUCUUGCCUAUGCAUAUUAUUUGUAUAGUUUUCCCUGGGGUAGACGUAUUUAUUUUUAUAGAUAGCUGAAGUACAAAUAAAAUUGAAAUUAUUAGAUCUUUAUUUAUUUUGUAUAUGGAGGAAGAUUGAUUAAAAUCACUUGGACUGUUUUAUUUUAUCUGUUUUACCUCUAAGUGAUUGUAAUUCAUUCAUUGUAUUUAAUUUAUUAUUUGUUGGGAUGUUUGUUUUUGUUAUCUAUAUUUUCUUUAUAGGAUAAACUUGAAUCAAACUGUUGUAAAGGUUUUAUUAUAAUAUUGCAAAGUCAAUUUAUGUAUUAAAACGUUUUUACACAACAUUUAUGAACAUAGAAUUUUAAUAGAUAAAAGUUUAAAUUAAUACAGAACUUAUGAAAACUUAUAUUACAUUGUUAACACUGUUAUAAAAUUAUAGAUAAUAAAGAUUUUAAACUAC